ACACUACUAACCAAAAUAUAUCAGUCACCAGAAAUCUACAAAAUUUCUGGCUGAUAAAAUAGUCCUCUCUAUGAAAGAGGAAAGAGGACUUGGUUUUCCGGGAUUAAUUUAAGAGAAAUGAGAUUGGCUGUGACUUUUCAAUACUGAUAAUGGAAGCUACACUUUAGCAGCUUUAUUAUGGAAUGAAGAAUAAUAAGAAAAUAAAAAUGUAAACAUUCUUUGUCAGCUUACCUCUUUUCACAAAUAUACUUCCUUGCAGAAGGAGGAGAGGACUGGGUAGAAAGUGCGUGACAUUUUACCGAGUGUUUGGUCAUGUAUGUGACAUAUAGUGUACCGACUAGUUUUAAACGCCUUUCACUGGGAACAAAACAUAAAUUCUAAACACAGUUUGGUUUUAGCAAUGACCGAAGAAACACCAUCGUCUCUUCAGCAAGAUGAUCCUGUGGAUAUGGAAGGCACAGGAUCAGAUGUAGAACUCGAAAGAGGAGGGAAACAAGCAAAACUUGACGAAGAAGACAGCGACAAUGAUUCCACCGUCAGCAGUUCCAAUUCGAAUUCAACGCAAGCCACAAUUGGAAAGAGAGGAUUUCGUGGAAAAGGCAGGAAGAAGAAAAGUUUAGCGUUCAAAUGCGCGAAUUUUCUUAGGGAGGAUCACAAACAGCCUAUAUUUGCUGUGCAGUUUAAUCACAAUGUACCAGAAGGAACAGAUGAUCUCAACAUGUUUGCAACAGUUGGAAGUAACAGGGUGACAAUCUACCAGUGUGAAGCAAAAGGUGUGAUCAAGCUACUUCAAGCAUAUAUGGAUGCCGAUCCAGAGGAGAGUUUCUACACAUGUGCAUGGUCCUACCAUCCUGAUACAGGGGAGCCUUUGCUUGCUAUUGCUGGUACAAGAGGAAUCAUCAGAUUCAUCAGUCCAAUAAGCAUGAAUUGUAUCAAGCAUUAUAUUGGUCAUGGAGGAGCCAUUAAUGAACUCAAGUUUCAUCCUGUGGAUCCUUAUUUACUUCUAUCAGCAAGCAAAGAUCACAGUCUAAGACUUUGGAAUAUCAAAACAGAUGUGUUAGUUGCAAUAUUUGGUGGAGUGGAUGGACACAGAGAUGAAGUCCUCAGUACAGACUUUGAUAUUCUGGGUGAAAAGAUGGUGUCCUGUGGUAUGGAUCACUCACUGAAGAUAUGGUCUCUUCAAACUGAUGCCGUCAAGAAGGCUAUUGCAGAGUCCCAUUCCUACGAUCAAAGCAAAACUGAGAAAGCUUUUCACACUGUCAAGCUCCACUACCCUGACUUCACCACCCGUGACAUUCAUAGAAACUAUGUGGACAGUGUUCGCUUCUUUGGUGACCUCAUCUUGUCUAAGUCAUGUGAAAACUGCAUUGUAUGCUGGAAACCACAAGAGCGAUUUGAGGACAUUUUUAAUGGGCCUUUCAAUUCUGAUCGGGUUGUAACAGUGCUUCACCGGUUCGAGUUUUCCCAGUGUGAUAUCUGGUACAUGAGAUUCUCGUUAGAUUACGAACAAAGGCUAAUGGCGGUUGGGAAUCAAACAGGGAAGACAUUCGUUUGGGAUAUUGGCGUUGACGAUCCAACAAAAGCUAGAUCGACAACGCUUGGGCACAACAAGUGUGUAUCGGCCAUCAGACAGACGGGAUUUAGUAAGGACGGCAAGAUUCUAAUAUCUGUUUGUGAUGACGGAACGUUAUGGAGGUGGGACAGAGUCAGAUAAAAAUCUGUUCUGUCGUGUCACUGGUUUGAUGUAUAAUAACUCGGACAACACAUUUUUUUUUACUGUAUAUUUUUCGUCCUAUAACGAACUUUUGUUUAAUUAAAAGAGACUGGUUUUCAAAGAGCGUGCUGUCGUACUUAAAAGAGACUGGUUUUCAAAGAGCGUGCUGUCGUACUUGUGCUAAUUACCGACAAAUAUGGAUAUCAAACAAUCUGAGGCCUCCAUUGAUUCGCCGAGCUUUUACAAUUUGAUGAAGUUUUGAUAUAAUCCACGUCUAAAGUUUCCCCACUCCAUAAUGAGCCUUACCAAACCAAGCAUAAGUGAGAGAAGUCAUUAUGGUUUCAUUGACACGAAAUUGCCAGAUCUUGCCAUUUUCCCUUGGGCUGCGCUGUAAUGGAGAAAGGAUUAUUAAAAUUCUGACCUCAAUGAAAGAAUUCACAGUUAGCCAACGAGCAGGUCAUGUUAGUAGCACUUCGGCGCGAGCGUUUUCCCGCCCGCGAGAGAAUAAGAAGCCUUGACCGACGGGAGCCGGCAAGAUGGCUGUGAAAGGUCAAGCUCUGCUAGAGCCCCGGCAAACUUCUCCCCGACGUGUCCCAAAUCUUCCCGCCGGAGGAGAAACGCGCGUCCCCUCGGCUUUCGCUUCCUCAGCGCGCGCGCUUCACGUGUUUGUUCACUUAUGACGCACUUUUUGGUUUAAGGAAGUAACUUAUUUGUUGAUGGGGAAAGAAGCAAACCAUGGCAGAUUCCAUUUGUGCCGAUGUUAAGGACCAAACUGUCGCUUACAACAGCACAACAGGAAGUGAACCUGUAGACCCUACAGAUACAAGCUACGUCGUAGAGAUUCGCUCUCAAAGAAAUCAAAGUGCUACAUGCAGGAAUUGCGUAAAAAUAUUAAAGAAAACGCAAAGGCAAACUCUCUACUCCAGGAUUCGGGAGCAUUUAGUAGCAGAACGAAAUAUUGACGUGAAGUUGAAGCGUUUCAAAGUAAAAUCCAAUAGCGCGAUCAGUCCGUUUGCCUUUCUGCGCAAACUCUUCGCGGCUUUGUUCCAGCAUGAAACGGAAGCGAAAUUCACAAGCGACGAACUGGAAAAACUCACAGAAUAUCAGUUGGGUGCGCUAAAAGAAUCCUUGAGGAACUUAAUAUCUGAGAAAACGAAAGAGCUACAACAGGAAAAGUUGAGACGCAUUAAAGAGAAACAGGCCUUACUUGGGUCUAAACAGAAGGCGAAGGAUUUAGAGACAGAGGCUUGGGUCACAUUACGGCCAUUCUUAAAUAAACACCCUUCCUUAGAUGAUCUUACGAGAGUUCUAAUGUUUUAGGAGUGUUGUAAACUGACUCGGUUUGGAGAAUAAGACAUUUCGUAAUUGAAAAGAAUAAGAAGGGAGUGAUGGAUAAAGUUGUGUGUGAAUAACGUGGGAAAGUCUAUACAGAUUUUAAUAAACUUUGUUCGCUGUAAUCAAAGGAAUUCGGAUCUGCAUUCCGUGCCAGUUAGCUAUGUACAUUUACCACCGGAAAAAGGGGCAUGUUCUAGCAUUAGAAUAAUCCAAUCUUGAGCUUUGAAGCUUUUGCUAAAGGAAAAAUAAAAUCCUUCAACAACGAAAUGAGUUCUCCUCUCACCUAAAAAAUGAAAUCAGGAAAGAGAACAUCAGAAAGGCCACUGAUUAGUCGCUUAUAGUGAUGUUAUUUCAGGGAUUAAUAAAUUAAUGCCUAUUUAAGUAACACGUAAUAAAAAAAUCAGACUUUUUGGA